AUGAUGGUACGCAUGACUGCUACCAACGGCCGCACUCGGCUCUCUCGGUCGCUGAGCGGCUGGAGGCGCCUCCCGACCGCGCACUUCGACAACGCCGUGCUGCGCGAGCUGCCGAUCGACGCCGAGCCCAAGAACUUCGUGCGCAGCGCCGUGUCCGGCGCCUGUUUCUCUCGAGUGGAGCCCACGCCCAUCGCCAGUCCGGAAUUGGUGGUCACGUCUCCUAAUUCCCUGCUUUUAGCAGGCAUCGAGCUAAUUCAGGGUGACGACCAAGAUAAUAGCAGUGACGAACGUGGAAUUAGCGACAAUUUACAGCCGAUCGACACUUUAGUGCCCGUUUUAGCGGGCAACAAGCUGCUGCCGGGCUCCGAGACUGCGGCCCAGUGCUACUGCGGCCACCAGUUCGGCUUCUUCUCGGGCCAAUUGGGGGACGGAGCGGCCCUUUAUUUGGGAGAAAUCGUCACGGAAGGAGAGAGAUGGGAGCUUCAACUCAAAGGCUCGGGGCUCACUCCGUACUCUCGCACGGCCGACGGCCGCAAGGUGCUGAGAUCAACUCUGAGAGAGUUUCUGUGCAGUGAAAACAUGUUCGCUCUCGGAGUGCCCACGACUCGGGCGGGGAGCGUCGUCAUGUCCAGAGAGACGCAAGUGUUGAGGGAUAUUUUCUACAAUGGCAACGCCAAGAUGGAGCCCACGGCGGUGGUGACGAGAAUCGCUAAGAGUUUUCUGAGAUUCGGAAGUUUCGAGAUUUUCAAGGACGAGGACGAGUUCACGGGUAUGAUGGGCCCUAGCGCUCACCUGGAGGACAAGCAGGAGAUGAUGACCAAGAUGCUGGACUUCACCAUUCGGCAGUAUUUCCCUGAAUUUUUUGGAGAAGAGAACAUGUACGAAAAGUUUUUUGAAGAAGUGGUGCACCGCACGGCCAAGCUGGUGGCCAAGUGGCAGACGAUCGGCUUCUGUCACGGCGUGCUGAACACGGACAACAUGAGCAUUGUGGGGGACACGCUGGACUACGGUCCGUUUGGAUUCAUGGAGCACUUUGACCCGAAGCACAUUUGCAACACGUCGGACGACCGAGGACGCUACCGCUACGAGUCGCAACCCGACAUCUGCAAGUGGAACUGCGGUGUGCUAGCGGACCAACUGGGACUGGUGACGGAUCGAGCAGCUUUGGAGCCUGCUCUGGAGGCGUUUCAUAGUGUCUACCAAGAGGAGUACAUGCGCCUGAUGCGUGAGAAACUGGGGUUGACAUCUCAACGCGGUGAAGAGAAAGAGGACAAGAUGCUGGUUGACACGCUGGUCGACGUGCUCGCGCACACGGGCGCCGACUUUACGAGUACGUUCAGGUACCUAAGUGGACUGGACGCGGUCGACUCCGGCGAUUCUCGUGAGCGUGUGCUGAACCAGCUCGUGGGCGUCUCAGAAACUCUGGCCCAGCAGAAGCGCAAGCUGGAGCAGGAGUUUGGAGGAGUUUCUGAUGCCCAGUUCGACAUGAUCGUGAUGCUGCUCCAGGAGAACCCCGUGCGUGCUCGACAGUAUGGCAUCACGCACGAGCUCGUGGCUCAGAUGAAGGCCAAUCGUGCAGCGAAGGAGGUGCUGGAUGCGAUGACGGAUGAAGAGCGUAUGGAGAGCAUUCGGACUGCGUGGGAAGACUGGAUCGAUGUCUACAUUUCGCGAAUCAAGGAGGAAGGAGAUGCUGCGAGUUACUCCGAGCGUCGCCAGCACAUGCUGAAGGUCAACCCGUUGUUCGUGCUGCGCAACCACGUGGCUCAGAAGGCCAUCGACUUGGCGUAUGAAGGCGACUACGACGGAGUGCAACACAUUUUCGAGCUAUUGACGCGUCCGUUUGACGACCCGAGUGACGAGGGAGAUCUGGAGUAUGCUCGUCCUCAGGACCCAUCCACCGCCCCGCUGUGUGUGUCCUGUUCGUCGUAA